CUGGACGAAUAGCAUAAUUAGGAAGCGUUGACUGACGUAGAUUUCAACCAAUGACUGAGCUAUACAGCUGGACAAACGCGACCCGCGACACAGCGUUUUCCCCCCUCGACGUUUCGGCAGAGAAACACUGGAUUUCUCCUGGUUUUCUUAGACAAAACCGCUAAGAAACUGACAAAGGAAACACGUGUUUAUUUUGUAAAUUGGAGAUUAAUAGAAGAAUUGGUUUACUGUGUGGUUUUCCUGUGACGCCCGGGACCGGAAAGACGUUUUCCCCCGACAGCUGGUUUGCAGAUUCCCCCUGUGAGCACUUUAAGUUGAGCCGGCAGAGAUGAGCGGUCCAGAGGUGGCCAAGACACCGGGAGGCGGAGCUCCAGGGAAAGAGGGAAAGGAGCCGGUGGCCAAUGGGCACGCAGGAGAGGGCAGCGACGCCAAUCCCUUCGCUGAGUACAUGUGGAUGGAGAACGAAGAAGAGUAUAACAGACAGGUGGAAGAGGAGCUCUUGGAGCAGGAGUUCUUGGAACGCUGCUUCCAGGAAAUGCUGGAAGAGGAGGACCAGGAUUGGUUCAUCCCUUCACGUGACCUCAACAACCAGGGGGUGGGGCAGCUGCAGCAGCAGCUCAACGGGCUGUCGGUCAACGAUCACCACAACCUGGAGGAAGUGGCGAGGAAGAGCAUGUUGAAUCCCGAGGCGAAGGAGUUUGUCCCGGGGAAGAAAUACUAGGAGUCCCCCUCACCCCCAUGGAGCCUCCACGCGCACGCACACACACCAGUUCUCACAUAUUCUCAGAGACUCUGGCGGUCACGGCCGCACACACACUGAUUCACACCCACACAACACACACACACACACUCCUACACGCUUGAAGUCAAUGUUGCGCUGACGGGCCCAGUUGGGGGUGGGGGGAUUUAUUUUUCUUUUCUUUAUUUUUCUUUUUGUUUCUUUAAUCUUUUUAUUUCCUGUUUGUUUCUUGUAAACUGAGGGACAUUGGGAACGGGGUGGGGAGGGGUGUAAUACCAGCACCGCCCUUACUGCGGGCGCUAGCUCAUCAUCGCAUUUCAGAUGGCACUGUUGAUGUUUACAGAGUAUGCAGAUCUCAUCGAUGUCCCCUUGGAACUGAGGCAGCUACCAAGGAGUGAAACCAGGACAAAGCGUCAAUCCAAAAACACCUAAUAAUAAUAAACUUGGAGAAAUUGCUUCACUUAAGUGUUAAUUUGUGUGCUGUCAGAUUUGAGAAACAUCGUCUGUAGAUCAAAGGUCUCCACAAUAGUGCAGUUUAAAGAAUGACUAACAUUUCAGGGGACUUGAUGGGUUUCUGCAGCUGCUCUGUUGUGUCAUUACGGUCAGUCACACCCGUUUGCUACUAUGACGUAAUAAGCUCAUGGCGACGUCACAGCUCUUGUGCAUCUAUAAAUGUGGGCUCUUCUUUG